UCUUUCUCUCCUAGGGCCCCCUCUAACUCUAACUAGGGUCUAGCCACCUUUACAUAACCAUAUAUCAAACAUUUAAUUGAGAGAACCAUAAAAGCUUCAAGCUAAGGUAAUUAAACCUUCUUCCAUUCCCCAAUUCAACCUCACAGCUGUCAUCCUCUUACUAGAGGAGAUACGUACGUAGUACUUAGAUUAUUAUUAUUUAUAAGUGGUGUUUCAUUUCAACUCAUCAUAUAUUCAGAUCCAAAAUUAAACCCUGUUUAUUCUUCCUCCAUGCUCUCCUUAAUUUCCCUUUUAUUUUUCUUUUUGAGCCAAUUAAUCUUUAAAGAAUCGCCAAAUUAAGCUACAACACAGAGCGAUCUGAAGCACCAGCCCCAUCCCAUAUAUUUCAUAUUUGUUUGGUCAUGAACACCAACAACCAGAGUGCAUUCACAAAUGUGAACAGCACUUGGAACCUUGAAAAGAUGGAAACAAAUGAACAACAAGAUGAUCACCAUGAUAUUAUUCUCCAAGUCCACGACCCUAUGAAUUCUGGGAUUUGGCCCAACAACUACCAAAACCAAAACCUUAACCUUGUUCAUCAAAUGCAUCAAACACCAACCACAACCUCUUCCUCAGGGUUCCUCAGUGACAUACUAGGCGUACACAACGUAGAAGAAGAUGAAGAGCCAGAAGAAGAGCUUGGAGCCAUGAAGGAGAUGAUGUACAAGAUCGCUGCUAUGCAGCCAGUGGACAUCGACCCCGCCACCAUCCGAAAACCAAAGAGAAGAAACGUUCGCAUCAGCGACGACCCUCAGAGUGUGGCUGCACGCCACAGGAGAGAGAGGAUCAGCGAGAAAAUCCGCAUCCUCCAAAGACUCGUCCCCGGAGGAACCAAAAUGGACACAGCUUCAAUGCUUGAUGAAGCCAUUCGCUAUGUCAAGUUCUUGAAGAGACAAAUCAGGUUGCUCCAAUCCAUUCCUCAAACCUCACAACCGCAACCACAAUGCAUUACCACUCAUCAUGCUAGUAGCACCUUCUUGUUAGCCCCAUCUUGUGAUUGGUCUUUUGCACCAAAUCUGUUACUCAGUUCCACCGCUGUCGCCACCGCCGCCAUCGACAUGCCGCCCGGACUCGGAUUCCAUGGCCAUGCUCAUGCUUGUGAUGCCUCCUCCAGCUUCAAUCAUCAUGAGGUAAUCAGUGAAUAAUUAGUAUUAGUAGGGGUUAUUGAUUAUUAAUUAUAUUAGGUUAAAUUAUUAUUGUAUAUGUAUAUGGAAUUGAGGAGUGUUUAGCAUUAGUGUAUGUGUAUGUUGAUGAGUGUAUGAGUUUGGGGGAAUUGAAGAAAAAGAAUGAAGGGGGAAUAUUUUAGGGGAGGGGAAAGGUUUGUUAGGAUGUUGUUGACUAAAGAUUGUGUAGAAUAAUCAUAACGGUUGGCUUGGUUACGUACUAGAGCCAUAUA